AUGGGGCGUUGUAGCAGGGUAGCACGCAGCACAGCACAGCGGAUAAGCCCCUCCCUCUCACCCUUCGCUUCCCCAGCGAUAGUAACAGGGCCGCCCUUGUUCACGGUUCUGGUGGUCGUGUGGGUAGCAUGCGGUGCAGUGAUCGCGGCUUGGCUGCUGUGCAGUCGGCACAAGCAGUACGAGCACCACAGGGAGGAAUCGCUGGGCGUGUGGUGCAAGGAGCGCGCCCUCAUGCUGCAGCAGCUCGUGCUGGCCCACGCGGUGCAGAUGCAGACUCUGGCAGGGCUGAUUUCGGUGAUGGGAACGCCAGGGCGGGCGAGCAAGUGGGACAUGGGCGGGUGUUUGAGCGGCAGCAUGUGGGUGUCUUAUCUCACUCGCACCGCACAAACUCGCCCCGGAAACACGGGUGCGGUUGCGUGUGCGGUGGUGCACGAUGCAGAGAGUGAGGUGAGAGGGGAGGGAGGUAGGAAUGGUGGAGUGGUGCGUAGAAGGGGGGGGGAUCGAGCUUGCAGAGCGACUUCCGAGCGGCAGUAUGGAAGCAUCAGAGACAACACUCUGAACGUCAGCGCCCGCCGCCCCAUGUACUGCCCCAAGAGUCUUGAGCUCACAACGCUCUUUGCCGCCCCCCCCCUUCCCAUCCUCCCCUCCCCCUACUUCCACCCACAUUGCUGCAGGGCGGACUUUGAGAAGCAGUACGGCAGCAUCAGAGACAACACUCUGAUCGUCAGCGCCCGCCGCCCCAUCUACUGCGCCAAGGUCCUCGAGCUCACCACGCUAUGGGCCACCAACGGCCCCAGCAACAUCGACAUGUUUCAGCGAUUCUCCUGGGCCAUCCCGCUCGUGGAGGCGGGAAAACACUUCUAUACCUGGCCCUACCCCCUCGCCAACCCCCUCACCCAUGCCGGAUUCGGUAUCGUGGUUCCUAUCCUCCGCAGCCCCCCCACUAACAACUCGAAAAAGUCAACAGCAGAGGCAGGAGCAGUGUACGGGUCACUCGCUGCAUCUGUUGACGUGACAUACAUUGCACAGAAAGUCCUAGAAGAGCUGUACGCGCCUGACCCAUCCAAGUCCUUUGAGCUAUACGACAUCACCGACCCAGCCUCCCUCUUCGCCAUCGUCUCUCCAGUCCCUCCCCACGCCUACUUCCGCCCAGACGACAAGCUCCCCUACAUGCACCCCUCCCCAGAGUCCGAAACCCGCCCCUGGGAGCAUCGAGCUGUGGUGCCUUUGGAGGAGAUGGGAGCCGGCGUGAGGAAGUACGAGGUCUGGUGCCGUGACUGGGUGAGUGACUGGGUGAGUGACUGGGUGAGUGACUGGGUGAGUGACUGGGUGAGUGAGUGGGUGAGUGAGUGGGUGAGUGACUGGGUGAGUGAGUGGGUGAGUGAGUGGGUGAGUGACUGGGUGAGUGAGUGGGUGAGUGAGUGGGUGAGUGAGUGGGUGAGUGACUGGGUGAGUGACUGGGUGAGUGACUGGGUGAGUGACUGGGUGAGUGACUGGGUGAGUGAGUGGGUGAGUGAGUGGGUGAGUGACUGGGUGAGUGAGUGGGUGAGUGAGUGGGUGAGUGAGUGGGUGAGUGAGUGGGUGAGUGAGUGGGUGAGUGAGUGGGUGAGUGACUGGGUGAGUGACUGGGUGAGUGACUGGGUGAGUGACUGGGUGAGUGACUGGGUGAGUGACUGGGUGAGUGAGUGGGUGAGUGACUGGGUGAGUGAGUGGGUAAGUGAGUGGGUGAGUGACUGGUUGAGUGACUGGGUGAGUGAGUGGGUGAGUGAGUGGACGCCACCAGGCAUGAUUGACGCUCUGGCAGACGUGGGCCUACCUAACUCAUCCCAUCUCGCCGACCUGCUAAUGGCCAGGGCAUCAGCAAGAGAUGCACUGCAUCUGGUCAACUGCAUGCUCGAUGCUCUGGCAGACAUGGGCCUGAACGCCUCUCAGCUAGCAGACCUGCUAAUGGCCGGGGCAUCGGCCAAGGAUGCACUGCAUCUGGUCAACCGCGUGUUGGACCUGGCGAAGCUGGAGGCAGGCAAGGCGGUGGUGGAUGAGACGGUGAUUGAUGUGAGGGAGUGGCUCCGUGCUGCUUUGGACUGGCACGCGGAUGCAGCGAGUUCCAAAGGCAUUGAAUUGAGCGCCAUUGUGGGAGACGAGUGCCCCACGAAUGUCAUUGUGGACCCCAUGCAUCUCGGAAGCAUGGUCAAGGAGAUCACAGGUGCGCUCGCGGUUGAGAGUGGUGAUGUGCGGUGGUGGGAUGAUAUGUCGCGUCUGAACUCCAUGCAUCUCGGCACUAUGGGCAAGGAGGCCACAGUCUCUCAUUCGUCAAUCUCCCGCCUUCUCUUCCCCCACAGCUUUCCCUUCCCACCUCUCCACCCGCACUGCCUCCACCUCUCCACCCGCACUCACUUCUCCGCUCCACGGUUCUCCGUAUAUCCCAGGCCCUUCAUUUUCGCGGCCCUCAAAGCCCGUCUUUCUCUCUCCACGCUUCCCUCGUCCACACCAGGCCUUUCCUCACCACGAGCGCCCACUGCUGCCACUGCCCAUGGGCUCUCCGCCUGGCUUUGUUCUACCUGGCGCUGGUUGCUCGAGGUGGUGAGGGGAGAGCCAGCGGCAUCAGCAGGAACAGCAGGCAGUGCCUGGGGGGAGGGCGGGCAUGAGAGGAAGCAUGGGAGUCAAGAGAGGAGACCCACUCCAAAAGCAGGCAGGGGGCGUGGGAGAGGGCAUGGGAGUGGACAAGAGAGGGGUGGAGAGCGGUGCAUGCUGGUGCUGUCCUCCCCACUCUCUCACAUUGUCUUCUCACACGCCCCAUCUCUUCCCACCCUGCUGGUCUGGAAAUGUUUAGAUUUGAACAAGAACACCACCAUCCCUCACACGCCCAUGUCUCACACGCCCAUGUCUCACACGCCCAUGUCUCACACGCCCAUGUCUCACACGAUCAUCUCUCAUCCGCCCAUGUCUCACACGCCCAUGUCUCACACGAUCAUCUCUCAUCCGCCCAUGUCUCACACGCCCAUGUCUCACACGAUCAUCUCUCACACGCCCAUGUCUCACACGCCCAUCUCUCACACUCCCAUCCCUCUCACGCCUGGUCGCCAACAUUUUCGUUCUCACUCACUUGUCACCUCGCUGAUUCCAUCUCUGCUGUAUUUACGCACCCAGGAAUCACGGGAGCAAAGAGAAGAAAGGAGUGGGUCAGGGGCAGCACUGGGGCUUGUGUUGGUGCAUCAAACGGUGGCUCUAUUGAAGGGAGAGCUCGCCUUUGACUCACAGCCCGGGUGUGGAAGCACAGUUGCUUUCUCUGUGCCUGUAGCCAUGCCCUCGUUACAAGAACACUGUCCAGAGCAAGCGCAGUCAAGCAACCAGGAACCACAGCAGCAGCAAGAGAAGGAUCAACCACGAGGGGAAGCCGUAUGGCAUGGUGAAGGGCAAAUGGGCGGGUCAGGAGAAUUUUCAGGUGCCUGCAGCAGUGGCCAUGAGCAUGACACGGAGUCAGGAGAUUAUUCAGGUGCCAGCAGCAGAUGGCUGCUGAUGCACAGCCAGGGGAGUGAUCAGGUGACUCCACAAAACCAAGACCAGCAGCAGAACCAGCAAGAGCAGCAGCAGCAGCAGCAGCAGCAGCAGAAGCAAGAGCAGCAGAACCAACAACAGCAGCAGCAGAACCAGCAAGAGCAGCAGCAGGACCAGCAGAAGCAGCAAGGACAGCAGCAGCAGCAGGGAGUGAGAUCCUUUCAGCGAGGCCGGAGCGAGGGCGAGAAAUCAAGUGUGUGCACAAGUGCGCGUGGGGGUGGGAGUGUGAGUGCAAGGUGUGAGCGAUCUAUCUCCCUGUGCGCAUCUGGAACCACCACCGUUGCUACCGCUGGCAUGGCCAUGCGUGCAGGCAUAGGUGUUGGUGCUGGUGCAGGUAAUCGUGCUGGUAGUGCUCGUCUUGGUGGUGCGGCGGAUGAGGCGGUGACGCGGGCGUGGGUGGAGGGGCUGCGAGUGCUGGUGGUGGACGACACGCCCGUCAACCUCCUCGUGGCCCGCCGCUCCCUCGCCCGCUGGGGCGCCCAAGUCACCACCGCCUCUCGUGGGGAGCAAGCGCUAGACUUGAUCACUGCUGGGGUGGCAGAGGGGAGAGGGCAGGAGGAGGGGAGAGGCGAACGUGCUGUCGGGGAGGUGGCAGGUGAAGAGCAUGGGGCGAGAGGAGAGCAGGAGGCAAGAGGGCAGGAGGAGGCGCGUGCAUCAUUGCAGCAUGGCUUCGACUUGGUUCUCAUGGACCUGCAGAUGCCGGGCAUGGACGGCUUCGCAGCAGCAGCAGCCAUACGAGCCCUUGAAAGGAGAGUGGAGUUUGAAUCAAUUUCACGGGCACAGCAAUCGCAGCAGCAGAGGCCGCAGCACACCCCUUCUGAUCUGCCCGUCCCACCCCUAGAAUCUUCGAACCCUGCUGCUGCUGCUGGUGCUGCUGCAACUGCUAAUGUUGCUGCUGCUGCUGCUGCUGCUGGAGUUGCUGCUGCUUCUCCUGGUGGUGCCCAGCCCGUGUCUCUGCGGGUGCCCAUAGUGGCUCUGACGGCAGACGUGGAUCGCGGAGUGGUGCAGAGGUGUGCAGAGGGGGGGUUUGACGGUGUGCUGCAGAAGCCAGUGGAUGCCCACCUGCUCGCCGCCCACCUCUCCCAAAUGCACACCCAAAGCGCACUCCUGCGGGCUGUGUCACAGCCCACUGUUGGUCCAGCUAUGAACAGAUAUGACAGCUGCAGCAGCCAGUGA